AUCACUAAACGUCGAAUCGAGAAUUUCUUUAUUCAACGGAGCUUCUUAUCCGGUACUAUAAAACCUGCCACGAGUUGGCAUUGUGAGGGAGAAUCCAUCUUGAAGGACUGUCUCCGGCUCCGAUAAUUUGAGCAAUAAAGGAUUAUUCCGUCACCAUGUCUGACACCGAGCAGCAGUUCAUGGAAACCUCCGAAAAUGGAAACGGCGAAGAGGAUCUUAACGGAGCAGAGACGGCUGAACAACCAGAACUCGCAGAAGAACCCGAAGAGCAAGAAGAGGCUGUGGCCGAAACAGCGGCCGCGGCGGAGGAGGAGGAGGAGGAUUCGCAAAACGGCGCUGCAGAAGGCGGGCAGAUAAACGCCAGCAAGGGCGAGGAAGAUGCAGGGAAAAUGUUUGUUGGUGGACUUAGUUGGGACACCAACAGGAAAGACCUCAAGGAUUAUUUCUCCAAAUUUGGUGAAGUAACAGACUGCACCAUUAAGAUGGACACAAACACGGGACGGUCACGAGGCUUCGGGUUCAUCUUGUUCAAAGAUGCCUCUAGUGUGGACAAGGUGCUUGAACAGAAAGAACACAGGCUAGAUGGACGACAGAUAGACCCCAAAAGAGCAAUGGCCAUGAAGAAAGAACCCGUGAAGAAGAUCUUUGUUGGGGGCCUUAACCCAGAGACAACGGAGGAGAAGAUCCGAGAGUACUUCGGACCAUUUGGAGAGAUUGAGUCCAUUGAGCUCCCAAUGGACCCAAAGACAAACAAAAGGAGGGGCUUUGUUUUCAUAACGUUCAAGGAGGAGUCUCCAGUGAAGAAGGUCCUUGAAAAGAAGUACCAUAACGUUAGUGGAAGCAAGGUAACAAACGGAAAGGACGGCCUUUGUGAGAUUAAAAUUGCCCAACCCAAGGAGGUGUACCAGCAGCAGCAGUUCGGCGGUCGAGGUGGCGGCUAUGGCAGGGGCAGGGGCCGUGGUGGUCAGAGCCAGAACUGGAACCAGGGUUACAAUAACUACUGGAACCAGGGCUAUGGCAACCAAGGCUAUGGCUACGGUGGACAGCAGGGCUAUGGUGGCUAUGGGGCUUAUGGCAACUAUGACUAUUCACCCGGAUACUAUGGCUAUGGCGGCGGCUACGAUUACAACCAGGGAAACACAAGUUACGGAAAAUCCCCCAGACGUGGUGGCCACCAGAGUAGCUACAAGCCAUACUGAUCACAUAGUACAGGACUUAGGCGAUUUGACGCGAGUGCCCGUGGUUCGACGGACCCGGGGGCCUGACUUUCCGUGUGGAGUUGGCAGAAUUACAGACUCAUGCUCCAUUUGUACAGAACAAUGGCGGAAUCGGGGGCGGGAAGCAAUUGUCACUUUUCCACUUUUUAUUUUAUAUUGUUUUUGUGUCCAUGUACAUUUCCAGCAAUGGAAGUGUUAUUUUUACUGUACUUUUUGGUACCUUUUUUGAAUAAUGUAUUGUAUGGUUGUAUUUUACAUGUCUGGAAUUACCACAACCAAGAUCAGAGCUACCAGAGCUUUUGAAAUAAACAAUUUUGAGUAAUUUUUUUUCAGUGUUCCUAGAUUUGCUUUAUUUUUUGUGCUGAGUCUUGAUGCAAGUUGCAUGGCUUCUGAAGGGGAGGGUGGGGUUGGGUGGGGGGGUGUGGAAGAAAGGGGAGGGGUGUAUGAUGUAAAAGGGAUUUAACUAGUUGGAUUUAAUUGUAAGCUUAACUAGUAAAUGUGUCAGCAAAUUGGUUAGUAGAUGAGGGCAGCCAGCUUUGUUUUUUGUUUUUUUUGGCUUUUAAAAAAAAGAAAAAAAAAACUGACUUUGACUUUGAUCUUUGUCUAUACGUUUAAGUGGCUUUGAUAGUGUUAAUAACCUAAGAAUCGAGAUUGCGCCUGCAAAUGUAAGAGGGCAUUCCCUCUCUCACUGGAUAUUUCCUUUUCUCUAGUGUCUUGGGCAAUUAUUAGAAAUAAACUUUUGGUUUAAGA